ACACGCCGAAAAUGACAGAGAGAGGAAGUGGAAUAACGAUCCAUAAAAUAAUAAUUAUAAUAAAAUAGCAGUUCCUCGCCUGCUCCACAGUUAUAGGGUUCAUUCCUUCUUCUCCUAGAUCACCAAUCUCGUCCAGAAUCGGAAGAACAAAAUGGGGGUGGGAAUAUCAUUUCUCAUAGCGGUGAAAGCAACAACGCUUUUUCUAUUCUUCGUUUACCUGAAGAACCUCGGUUUCACUCUCUUCUCCCUCCCUUUUCUAUACGCUUCGCUCAUCUCAUUCUUGGUCUCAAUCGCCUCUCACCCUUCCAUCGACCUUCCCAUGCUUCUGGGAAAAACCACCGAUGGAGCUUUCCCACUUUUUUCACUGAUAUUUUUCGGCCCUUACAUCUACUUCGUUCGCGUUUUCUCCAAGCUCCGAAGACUUCGAAGCGGAGAACCUCCUUACACACAGGUUCACGACUAUCUCUAUGUCGGUGGCUGGCCAUCCUCGCCUCACAUGCUGCCACCUGGCGACCCUGCCAUUAUUGAUUGCACGUGCGAGUUCCCGCGUGUCAAGGACUUCACUGCGGGCUUGCCCUACCGCUGCAUUCCGACGUGGGACACGAGGUCGCCUCAACCUGCUGAUAUCGAAUCCGCAAUUAAGUGGGCCUCUCGACAGAGAGACCUCAACAGGCCCAUUUUCGUUCACUGUGCUUAUGGUCAUGGAAGAAGUGUAGCAGUUAUGUGUGCACUGUUAGUAGCACUAGGCAUCACCGAGGAUUGGAAGACUGCUGAGAAGCUGAUCAAGCAAAAACGACCUUACAUUCGAAUGAAUGCUCUCCAUCGCAAGGCCCUUGAAGAAUGGUCCAGACACCGGUUGUCUGCGCCGAAGAAGUAGAUUAGACGUACAUGAGCGUGGGUUCCUCCUGUUAAUCUGAUUCUUUCGAUAAUUUUAUAGUAUCAUUGUUUUCCUUACAGUUGCAAACGAAGAAAGACUUUAGAAACGUAGAUUCUCCUCGUGCCAUUACUUUCUUAGCGUUCUUGUUACUGAACCCAAGAUCUAAUAUUUGGUUCUAAUUCAUGGUUGCCAAUUAUUCUGUUGUCAGCUUCUUCUGCUUUGGUCAUGUUGAAGCUGAUGCGCGGAAUAGUGGGAUUACAUAUCGUGAGAAGCUGUAACAUCAUCAAUAGACAUCAUUUCAUUGUGUGAUGUCCCAUGA